AAACACAAUGUUAUUAAAGGGCCAGCGUCGAGGUUUGCAGCUGGCUCGUGGAUGGACUGGGGCUGCUGGGAAUCGAAACUUAACUGGAGGCUAAAGUCAGACACGGAUCCUGAACGGAUCUCUUCCUUCUCGGCUCGCUGUUUACCAGCGUCGGCUCGACCUCUCGAGUGUCUCCGUCUUCCUGCCAUUGGACACUAAAUUAUUUUAAACUUCUAUUUUGUUCAAUGAACUUCCUCACUUCCUUCGAAAACGAGCAUGGACCCUGCCAGACAGAAACGCAAGGAGGAGAUAAGGAACUCUCUGACAUUUAUACAGUCUUCUCUGGCUUAUCCUGAGCCCGAGGGCUACCAGGACUUCCUUGCCCAGUUAGUGUGCAACCUGCUCGAUGAGGGCAACGCCUCGUUCAGAGACGGUGACUGGGAACAGGCGGUGCGAGAGUUCAGUGAGGGCUUGAAUGUGUCACACUAUGCUGCAGCAGAGGAGAUCCAGAUCCCUGAAGCUUUGCUGGAGAGCCUGCACGUCUACCGGGCGGCCGCCUACCACAGCAUGGGGGAAUAUGAGCGAGGCGUGACGGACUGCGACAUAGCCCUGAAAGUGUGUAAGGAAAGCCGCGGGGCGCUGUACAGGAAGGCACUUUGUUUGAAGGAGCUCCGGAAGUACAAGGAGGCCUACAACUGCACCACCGACUGCCUGCUUGUUACUCGCAUGGACAAACAGGUGAAUGAGCUCGCACAGGAGCUGGCCGUCCACCUGGGACUGAAAAAUCGGAAACCAUAUGUCGGCAUGAAGGAAGGAGGACUUAUCACGAGAGCUAAUGUCACUAAUGGAAUGACUACUGAAGCCAUCAAGGUGUCGGGUAUUCAUUUCGGAAACGGUGUGAAUCCUCUGAGUGGCCUCGCACCAGUCAGUUUUCCCAGCAUGCCUCAGUCCUCCAUUCGCUCCCCAGCUCCCAGCUGCCGCCAACCUGCUGUCUCUACAGUACCUGACAUCGUGGACACUUUGGAGGACUUCGAGCUGAUGGGAGAUGAUUUGGACAGCCUGCUCGACGGCUUCCCGAAUGAGACGGAGCCAACUGAGACCCCCACCCAGGAAACAUUCUCAAUCCCACACCGGACUUCCACCUGCGAUCGCACGGUCCCGUCCGUCCUGCCUGCCCCGACACCCCAGCUACCCCCGGCCUUCUUCAGCUCGGCCGUCAGCCAACUCAACUCCCUGGACUCCUUUUCAGGUGGUGGGUGCAGCUCGACAACUGGAACACUGAAUGCCCUCGACGACCUCUGGGCCUCUGGCAUUGGUGGUGGCGCUGGUGCUACAAACUUAGCACUGACCUCCGAGUCGCUGGAUGGCCUUGAUUCCCUGGAUGACUUCUUGGAUAUGAAUCCAAGUGCUGCUGGAAGUAAAGCUAACACAGAAGUUGACGCCGGGGAAAAGUCCCUUGAUGAUUUGCUGGAUGAACUAGAUCCUCUGGAGACUGUCUCCGAUCCAGGCAGUCAGAGUUGUGAAGUCCCUAAAACUGGUGUGAAAGCAUUGGUUGUGCUCGACUCCCUCGAUGCCCUGGACUCGUUUCCCUCAAUGGAAGGUGUUGUGGACGCUUUGCCAGCGAUCUCCAUGGGAGCAACAGGCCUGGACACGCUCUCCGAUUUCAGCUCAAUUGGUAUCACAGACUUUCAAACGGCUGCAGCUCCAGUAAUGCGAUCUCCAAAGAAAAACUAUAAAGAGACGAAUAUCCCGGCGCUGGUUGCGGCCUCCAACCCGCUAUCCUCCACUCAUGAGUUCCUGCAGGCCUGCUCUGCCUGUUUCCCUCGGAAAGGUCAAGGCGUAUAUACAUUUGUUCACAAGCCCGACCUGGUCCACAGCUGUCAGCGAGACAUUCUGUUGUGUAGACUCGAAUCAGGUUAUCCUUCGGAGUGGACCAGAGUACGACGGAUUCCUAACUGGAGUUCCUUCAGUGGGCCGUUUGUUCUCUGCAGAGAGCUGCUGAAGUCCGGGGAUUUGGGCUUGUGCAAGUUCGGAGAAAAUUGCACGUUUGCCUACAACCAGCUGGAGAUUGACGUUUGGACAGAGGAGCGGAAGGGGAGGUUGGACCGAAACCUGCUGUUUGACACGUCGGGUUUAAAACUGGACCCUGUAAACAGCAUCAUCCGCCUUCUGAGGGAAGACAAGGGCAUGUUCAUGUUCCUCUGUCAGGAAUGCUUCGACGGGAAACCUAGAAUCAUCAGGCAGCGCUGUCGAGACGAUCACACCGUCUGCUCUAACCUGGAUGCUCGCCACACCUUCGAUGCCAAUAAAUGCUUGGUGUUUGUGGUGCAGACCCUCAGUGUCAAAUACAAAAAGGUCCGACCGCUGAGCGUCCUGUGCCACUUGGAUUUGUGCCGUCAAGCCAUCCGGUACGGCUGCCUGAGAGAGGACAGCUGCUAUUUUGCCCACUCCGUCAUAGAGCUCAAAACCUGGAGGGUGCAGCGCGACACCGGUAUCAGCCCCGAUGAAAUUGUGAAAGUAUCGACAAAAUACAACGACAAUCAGGAGCAAAACUCAAGCAAACAUAAAGGAAAUAGACAGCUGUCUUCUGGAGGCAAUGGGAGCAAACCAAGAGGAGAAGGAGGAGAAGGAGGAGGUGGGAAGAGUCUGAACAUGAAGAUGAAGUUUUCCUGUGCUCAGUGCUUGCGGGACGGCCUGAUCCGUGAACCAGACAAAGCUCUGAAGCACUGCACUGCAAAGGCCAGGCACACGUGGACUAAAGAGAGAUGGGUACUGCUGGUCAAGUCCUUGGAGAGAAAGAAAUGGGUUCAGGUCCGACCGCUGCCACAUGCCAAGAACUUCCCUGUGCAUUAUGAUAUAUGCACCCAGAUUUUGAAGAGAGGGAAAUGUAACUUCUCAGGGAACUGCACCUUUGCUCACAGCCAAGAGGAGAGGGAGAUGUGGAUGUAUAUGAAGAAUAAUGACUUGCGAGAAAUGCAGCAGAUAUACGACAUGUGGCUGUCAUUAACCGCCCACAACCGGCAAGCAGAUGGAGCCAUGCUAACCCAGCCGGUCCCAGAAGAGAGAUGUAUCGUCAUGCCGACUGAUUACGCUGAACCAAUGAAUGGCUUCCACUGUCGCCUGUGUGGUAAACACAGCAACGGUGAGCGGCAGUGGCAGCAGCACAUCUCCACUGAGAAACACAAGGACCGGGUGUUCAGCUGUGAGGGAGAGGACGAAGCUCUGACGUGGAGCUACCGCUUCCCUGGUCCAUGCUUUGAAUUCUGCCCCAAGUCUGACGGCGGCUGUCCUGACGGUGUGAGCUGCGACUACGCACACAGCGUGGAGGAGCUGCAGGAGUGGACAGAGAGACGAGAUUUCCUGAGACAGAAGCUGGCCAAAGCCAGGGAAGACAUGCUCAUCAUGCCCGAUGAGCAUGACUUUGGGAAGUUCAACUUUCUACUUCAGGACUGAGAAGACUUUUAUUUUUUACUUUGCGAGCCAAAAACUGCCAAAAUAGCAUUUUAGUUAAGAGUUUUCAAAUCAUCACCAUAAUCAAAAGGUGAUGUGAUCAAACUAGCAGUGCAUACGAUGUGCCUGCCAAAAGAUGACUUGACAUAACUCAUGAAGCACAUGUAUUUGCAUUCCCAAACAUACCAUAUACUCCUUACUCUAAAUAUUUUAAUGUCCUCUUACUGUAUGGAAUAUUUUCACCGCCACUUUUUGCUUGCCUGUUCAGCUAAAACAUCAGUAAAAAGAUGGUGCCACUUCGAAAAACACAGCAGAUACAAAGACACACCACACCGCUCGUCACAGAAUAUUCAUCAAAGGUUCAUAUUUAACCAUACGUGCAGCCGUUUAAAUGUUUGGUUUAUUUUUUUCCCUUCUGUUUGUGUCCUGUUUUAACAGGAGUUUUAUUAACGUUGCUUUCAUCCCACUGUUUACUAAGAGAGAGUUCAAGGCCUCAGCUUGGCAUUAAAAUACUCCCCACAAAAGAUUUUUCUUAAUAAAAAGUCUUAAUAAAAAUAGUCACGUUCCCUUUUUGAUUUGUACUUUAGCAAAUACAUUUGUUUUUGUUGUUAUGAUUUUACCGUGCGUGUUUUUUUGUGUGCAGACUAUU